AUGGGGAAAUGCUGGCUCCGGUCGCCGCUGCUCCUUUUCUUGGCGCUCAACAACUCCCUCUCGGGCGCGCUCGGGCCCGACCUCUGCGCCGGCGCGCCGGCGCUGCAGGUGCUCGACCUCUCCUGCAACCGCCUCGCCGGCGCGCUCCCCUCGCCCUCCACCCCACCGCCCUGCGCCGCCACGCUCCACGAGCUCCUCCUCGGCGGCAACUCCUUCACGGGCGCGCUCCCCGCGGCCCUCUUCGGCCACGCCGGGCUGCGGAGGCUCUCGCUCGCCUCCAACGGGCUCGCCGGCCAGGUCAGCGCGCGCCUCCGCGACCUCAGGAACCUCACCCUGCUGGACCUGUCCGUCAACCGCUUCUCCGGCCGCCUCCCGGACGUGUUCGGCGACCUCGCCUCGCUCCAGCAUCUCUCCGCGCACUCCAACGGCUUCUCCGGCACGCUGCCGCCGUCGCUGUCCUCGCUCUCGUCUCUCCGCGACCUCAACCUCCGGAACAACUCCCUGUCCGGUCCGAUCGCUCACGUCAACUUCUCUGGUAUGCCACUGCUCGCUUCUGUCGACCUUGCAACAAACCACCUCAACGGAUCGCUCCCGGUUAGCCUGGCAGACUGCAGCGACCUCAAGUCCCUCAGCAUUGCCAAGAACAGGCUGACCGGGAAGCUGCCCGAGGAUUACAGCCGGCUCCGCUCGCUCUCCAUGCUCUCCCUGUCCAACAACAGCUUGCACAACAUCUCAGGGGCGCUCGCCGUGCUGGGCCGCUGUGAAAACCUCACCACGCUCAUUCUCACCAAGAAUUUCGUGGGCGAGGAGCUGCCCACCGACGGCAUUGGUGGGCUCAAGAGCCUGGAGGUGCUAGCCCUUGGUGAUUGUGCUCUAAGGGGAAGGCUUCCACAAUGGCUGUCUCACUGCAAGAAAUUACAGGUGCUUGAUUUGUCCUGGAACCAGUUGGUCGGCGCCAUCCCGUCGUGGAUCGGUGAGCUUGACCACCUGAGCUAUUUGGAUCUCUCCAACAAUUCCUUGGUUGGCGAGGUACCGAGGAGUUUGACGCAGCUCAAGAGCCUUGUCAUGGCCAGGCAUUCGCCGGGUAUGGUGUUCACUAACAUGCCACUGUACGUGAAGCAUAACAGAAGCACAAGCGGCCGGCAAUAUAACCAGCUCUCCAAUUUCCCGCCGUCACUGUUCUUGAACAACAAUGGUCUGAAUGGGACUAUCUGGCCCGAGUUUGGGAACUUAAAGGGGCUACAUGUCCUGGAUCUGAGCAGUAAUGUUAUGUCUGGAAGCAUUCCUGAUGCACUCUCCAGGAUGCAGAAUUUGGAGGUUCUUGAUCUCUCCUCCAAUAAUCUCAGUGGAUCGAUUCCAUCAUCUCUGACAGAGCUCACCUUCUUGUCUAAGUUCAGUGUGGCUAACAAUCACUUGGUUGGGCCGAUCCCAAAUGGAGGGCAGUUCUUCACCUUCACAAACACUAGUUUUGAGGGCAACCCUGGUUUGUGCAGGUCAACUUCUUGCAGCCUGAAUCAGUCUGGGGAAGAAACUAAUGUUAACAACGUCAUGCCGUCUGCAGCAAGCAUCAGGAACAGGAAAAACAAAAUACUUGGAGUGGCAGUCUGCAUGGGGUUGGCACUUGCAGUACUUUUGUGUGUUAUUUUGGUUAACAUUUCUAAAAAGGAGGCAAGAGCUAUCAUCAGAGAUGAAGACGUUGAAGGCGCUUGUCACGACACGUAUUAUUCCUACUCAAAGCCGGUGCUGUUCUUUCAGAAUUCUGCCAAGGAGCUAAGUGUCAGUGACCUUAUUAGGUCGACCAACAACUUUGAUCAAGCCAACAUAAUAGGUUGUGGUGGAUUUGGUCUCGUGUACAAGGCCUACCUCCCAGAUGGAACGAAGGCGGCAGUCAAGCGGCUCUCCGGUGACUGUGGGCAGAUGGAGAGGGAGUUCCGUGCCGAGGUGGAAGCGCUGUCCCAGGCUCAGCACAAGAAUCUUGUUUCGCUGAGAGGGUACUGCCGCCAUGGAAAUGAUAGGUUGCUGAUUUACCCAUACAUGGAGAACAGUAGCCUGGACUACUGGCUGCACGAGAGGGCGGAUGGCGGUUACAUGCUGAAAUGGGAGUCAAGGCUCAAAAUUGCUCAGGGUUCAGCCAGGGGGUUGGCUUACUUGCACAAGGACUGCGAGCCCAACAUCAUCCACCGAGACGUGAAGUCGAGCAAUAUUCUUCUGAACGAAGACUUCGAAGCGCACCUGGCUGAUUUCGGGCUGGCAAGGCUGAUACAGCCCUAUGACACUCAUGUGACUACUGACCUAGUUGGCACCUUGGGUUACAUACCACCUGAGUACAGCCAGGCAUUGAUCGCCACCCCGAAAGGGGACGUCUACAGCUUCGGCGUCGUCCUGCUGGAGCUUCUCACCGGUAGACGGCCCGUGGAGGUGUUGAAAAUCAAGGGAUCCAGGGACUUGGUCUCCUGGGCUCUACAGAUGAAAUCUGAGAACAAGGAAGAGGAGAUCUUCGACAGGCUGAUCUGGAGCAAAGACCAUGAGAAACAGCUGCUGUCGGUUCUCGACACGGCGUGCAGGUGCAUCGGCAGUGAUCCUCGGCAGCGUCCAUCGAUAGAGCAAGUCGUCGUAUGGCUGGACAGCGUAUCACCAUAAUAAUACCCUGUGCUAAUUUUCCAGUUCUUUUUGGGUCAAUAUCUAGCUCCUGACAUGGGGUGGUAAACGGUAGCAGUAGAGAAA